AUGAACAAAGGAAAAUCAACAACAAAUGUAUCUACAAUUUCAAAAGAUGCAGAAGGUCGUCGACAUAUCAAUCCCCCACAGAUGCAAAAUGUUCUUCUAAUCUGGUUAGACGGUAACAUUGACGUAAAAAAUUAUGAUUGUCAAAAUACGAUCACAGAAUUAAGACGUGCUGUUAACGACAUCAAUACAUUUACAGAUGCUGAUCAAUGCCUUGAAUUCAUUCAAACCAUCAUCGAUAAUAAAGUGUGUAUGAUUAUAUCCGGAUUACUUGGACAAAAUUUUGUGCCUAGUAUUCACAAUAUGUCUCAAGUUGAUUCAAUAUUUGUUUUUUGUGGCAACAGAAAACAUCAUGAACAAUGGGCAAAAGGUUGGCCCAAAAUAAAAGGUGUCUUCACAGAUAUUACGCCCAUCUGUGAAGCACUCAAGGAAACUGCUCAUCAAUGUGAGCAGAAUGCCAUUCCUAUGAGUUUCGUAGAAGCAAAUAAAAAGUUGGAUCAAUUAGAUCCUUCUUUUAUGUACACUCAGAUACUUAAAGAAAUAUUAUUAACCAUCAAAUUCGAACAAAAACAUAUACAAGAUUAUCUUAAUUACUGUCGUGAUGCUUUUGAAGGUAAUAAAAAAGAGAUUGAAAACGUUAAACAAUUAGAAGAAGGAUAUCACAACAAAACACCAAUUUAUUGGUACACUUGUGACAUGUUCUUGUAUCCCAUGCUUAAUCGUGCAUUACGAUUGAUGGACGGUGAUGUCAUAAUACGUAUGGGUUUCUUCAUUGGUGAUUUGCAUCGACAGAUUGAACGACUACAUCAGGAACAAUAUGCUGGUACAAAUGUUGCAGACACCUUCACCGUUUAUCGUGGUCAAGGUUUAUCUACAGGAGAUUUUGAAAACAUGAUGAAAACCAAAGGUGGUUUUAUUUCAUUUAAUAAUUUCUUGUCUACCAGUAAAGACCGCGACUUCUCCUAUGCUUUUGCUGAAAGUAAUCAGGCUAAUCCGGAUUUAGUUGGAAUACUUUUUGUUAUGGAAGUGGAUCCAUCUCGAUUAACAGCAUCGUUUGCUUCAAUUGCUCAUAUUAGCAGAUUUCAAGGAGAAGAAGAAGUAUUAUUUUCGAUGCAUAGCAUUUUUCAUAUACAGGAUAUUAAACAGAUGGGCAGAAAUAAUCGUUUGUAUGAAGUUAAUUUGACACUUACUGAUGACAAUGAUCCAGAAUUGAGCAGGCUUGCUGAUUACAUUCGAAAAGAGAGUUUUCCGGACAGUGAAGGAUGGUACAGAUUAGGUAUGGUAUUACGUAAAAUGGGUCAAUUCGAUGAAGCUGAAAACAUUUAUCGUAUUUUACUUGAUCGAAUCAAAGAUAAUGAAGAUAAGGCACCUAUUUAUCAUCAACUUGGUACGAUCAAAUAUGAUCAAGGAAAAUAUCAAAAAGCACUUACAUUUUAUGAAAUAUCACUUGCUAUCAAACAAAAACUUCUUCCUCCCGAUCAUCCUGAUUUGGCUAUAUCCUACAACAACAUUGGCGAAGUCCAUGCCACGAUGGGUAAUUAUUCAAAAGCACUUCCAUUUUAUGAAAAAGUCCUUGGAAUUCGACAAGAAACACUUUCUCUCAAUCAUCCUGAUUUAGCUAUGUCCUACAACAAUAUUGGCUUGGUAUAUGAAAACAUGGGAAAUUACUCAAUAGCUCGUGCAUGUUAUGAAUAUGCUAUACAAAUUGCACAACAACCAUUAUGUUCAAAUGAUCUUCAUCUUCAAAUAUAUAGAAAUAACCUCGAACGUGUAAAAAACAAAUAA